CCAUCUCUUCACUCACUAGACUCAACUCAUUUCCAAGAAACAACAAACUGCAUAUUUUUUAUUUCUAAAAUGGCAGCCAAUGGAAAUGGAAAUGGUUACUCUGACGACCCAGAGAAGCAGAAGCUGCUGUUGGAUGAGCAUGAAGAGAAGCAUUUCAUGUCCAGUGAGGUUGUUCGCGACAUUAUCAUCGGUGUCUCCGACGGCCUCACCGUCCCUUUUGCCCUCGCCGCCGGCCUGUCCGGCGCUGACGUCACUUCCUCUAUCAUUCUCAUUGCUGGCAUAGCUGAAGUCGCUGCUGGAGCCAUCUCUAUGGGCCUCGGCGGGUAUCUAGCCGCGAAAAGUGAAGCUGAUCAUUACGUGAGGGAGCUCAAGAGGGAACAAGAAGAGAUCAUCAAUGUCCCUGACAUAGAGGCAGCUGAAUGUGCAGAAAUUCUAGCGCAAUAUGGAGCAGAGCCCCAUGAAUAUGAAGGUGUGGUUAAUGCUUUAAGGAGAAACCCACAACAAUGGCUUGAUUUCAUGAUGAAGUUUGAACUUGGAUUGGAGGAACCAGAUCCGAUGAGAGCCCUUCAAAGCGCUGUAACAAUUGCAUUAUCAUACAUAAUGGGUGGAUUUGUGCCACUUCUGCCAUACAUGGUGAUUCCAGUGGCAAGAGAAGCUUUGGUCGGAUCUGUGAUUUUGACCAUUUUAGCGUUGCUGAUAUUUGGGUUUGCGAAGGGUUAUUUUACAGGGAAUCAGCCCUUCAAGAGUGCUAUGCAAACUGCUUUCAUUGGUGCCAUUGCUUCAGCAGCGGCCUACAGCAUAGCUAAAGCUUUCCAGAAAUGAAUUUAUUUUUUAUUU